UAUUGAUGGACAGACUUUCUGGGUUGAUACAUUGACUGAACUGGUGGAGGAAAUGGAUGAAGAGUUACACACUGAUGAUCCUCUACAAGUCGCAUUGACCCAAAAGGAGAGUGAGUUCGGGUUCAUGAACCAAGAAGUGGUUGGAUUUUCUGAGAUUUUAGAUUCAGCCCCACCGAUUGAGAAGCAUGUCGCCUAUGUCAGCCUUGAAGACUCAGGCACCGAUAAAACCGUCAAACCGUCAUCCUCCCAACCAGAUUGGAGUGAGGAGAAUGCUCCAAAGGUGGAACUUAAAGCCCUCCCAGCUGGGCUGAGGUAUGCAUUCUUGGGACCGAAUUCCACAUAUCCUGUUAUUAUUUGUGCUAACCUGAAUAAUGUGGAGACCGCUUUGCUUCUUUCAAAAUUGCGAAAGUAUAGAAAAGCAUUGGGGUACUCUUUGGAUGAUAUUACAGGUAUUUCUCCAGAUCUUUGCAUGCACAAGAUUCACUUGGAGGAUGAGUCAAAGACGUCCAUAGAGCACCAGCGAAGACUGAAUCCCAAACUGAUGGAAUGCAGGGGUGGCAUCACUGUCAUCACAAAUGAGAAGGAUGAGCUGAUUCCUACCAGAACAGUCACAGGGCAUAGGAUGUGCAUUGACUACAGGAAGCUAAACUCAGCCACAAGGAAGGACCACUUCCCACUUCCUUUCAUUGACCAGAUGCUGGAAAGACUAGCCAACCACCCCUACUACUGUUUUCUCGAUGGCUACUCCGGGUUCUUUCAGAUACCCAUUCAUCCAGACGACCAAGAGAAGACAACAUUCACCUGCCCAUACGGUACUUUUGCCUACAGGAGAAUGCCUUUCGGAUUGUGCAAUGCUCCUGCCACUUUCCAGAGAUGCAUGAUGUCGAUCUUUACAGAUCUUAUUGAGGACAUCAUGGAGGUUUUUAUGGACGAUUUCUCAGUCUACGGUUCUUCAUUUAGCGACUGCCUUGCUAAUCUGUGCAAGGUGCUGGAAAGAUGUGAGGAGAAGAACUUGGUGUUAAAUUGGGAGAAGUGUCAUUUCAUGGUGAAAGAUGGCAUUGUUUUGGGUCACAGGAUAUCAGAGCAAGGUAUCGAGGUUGACAAAGCAAAGAUUGAAGUUAUGACCAGCCUACAGCCUCCCAGGACAGUGAGGGAUAUUCGGAGUUUUCUGGGACAUGCCGGUUUCUACAGGAGGUUUAUCAAAGACUUCUCUAUGAUAGCGAGGCCACUCACCCGUCUGCUGUGCAAAGAAGCGAAGUUUGUUUUUGAUGCUGACUGCCUCGCUGCGUUUCAGAUUCUCAAGAAGUCUCUAGUCAGUGCUCCCAUUGUGCAGCCACCAGAUUGGGACUUGCCAUUUGAAAUAAUGUGUGACGCAAGUGAUUACGCGAUUGGAGCUGUUUUGGGGCAGAGAAAGGACAAGAAACUCCAUGUUAUCUAUUAUGCCAGCCGAACGCUUGAUGAUGCUCAAAUCAAGUAUGCUACCACAGAGAAGGAGUUGCUGGCAGUAGUUUAUGCUUUCGAGAAGUUCAGGUCCUAUUUGGUGGGCUCGAAAGUAAUUGUGCACACAGACCAUGCAGCCUUGAAGUACUUGAUGACGAAAAAAGAUGCUAAACCGAGACUCUUAAGGUGGAUCUUACUGCUACAGGAGUUUGAUAUUGAGAUCAGAGACAAGAGAGGAGCAGAAAAUGGAGUGGCAGAUCAUCUUUCCCGUAUGAGAGUGGAAGCUGAAACACCACUGGAUGAUACAUUACCCGAGGAGAAUGUCUAUGUGAUCACCUUGCUGGAGGAUGAGUAUUUAGAUCAGGCUGAUUGUUGUGUCAUGAGACAAAUUCAGGAUGAUCUCCCAUGGUUUGCAGACUUUGCAAACUACCUAUGUGCUGGAAUUGAACCACCGAACCUGAAGGGGUAUGAGAGGAAGAAGUUCAUGAGAGAUGUGAACCACUACUACUGGGAUGAUCCCUUCCUCUACAAAAGAUGCUCAGAUGGUUUAUUCAGGAGAUGUGUUCUGGAGAAUGAGAUGCAAGGAGUCGAUUUUGGGUCUAUGGUUGGUGUGGGGCGAUCCUUGUGGCUAGAAGGUGUCGUUGGCUUGCUUAUGAGGAGGGCUGAGUUAUUCUUAUCAUCUAAGCCAGAGGUGGCGGUCUGUCUAUCUCCGACUUCAUUCCCGGUGACAGCGUGUGUUGCCAGCAUCUCUGCAGUAAGGUUAUGGUUCUUCGGUCCUGACCCUGUGGUGUUAGCUUCCUUUUAUAGUGCAUGGUCUGGUGGAUGUGGCGGGUCAAUCAUUGUUUCGUCUCUCCAAAUAAGAGCGGUUAUUGGGCUCGUUGUUGGGGUGUUGGUUGUUCCGGUGGGAGACUUUGGGUUGUUGGAGUAUACUGGUACUUCUGAACUUCAGAAAGGAGGAGUAGAGGUGGCUGUUUGCGGUGAUUGGUGGCUGGUGCUUCGACAGGCUCUGUUUCGUCGGUUUUGCCGUCUCGAUGUAGCCCCAUUGUCGUCUACUGCAAGUUCCAAGUUCUGGAUGGUGUAUGUGCUUUCUGCAGGUGGUGGGGCUUUGUGGUAA